AUUUAUUUAUUAUAUAAAGACACCCAACGAGUCCGAUCCCAACCAACCCGACACCGAUCUGCCGAGACCGGAGGAGACGCAUCAUUUGCCGGCCAGCCUAGACCUUCCCCACCGCAGCCAUGGCCAACUUACUAAACGCCAUCCGGCGGAUCAUCGAUACCUUCCACAGCUACAGCUGCGAGACCGCCCCCUGCGACAAGCUGAACAUGGAGGAAUUCGACAAACUCAUCCAGACGCAGUUCGCCGAAGUCAUAGAGGAUUCCAAUGACCCCCAGACCAUUGAAAAAAUCCUUAAAGCCCUGGAUACGAACAAAGAUGGGGUGGUGGACUUUCAAGAGUUCCUGGAACUAGUGUCCAAAGUAGCAGUUGCUUAUUUCGAAGCCCUGAGGACCAAGAAAGGCUGCGACAUUUGUGCUUCUAGGAAAGGACCAAAGACAUCAACUGCUACAGCUACGAAGUCACCACAAAGCCAAAAAGAGUCAGAUCAUGGCCAGUUUCAAACUCAAAAGCAAGACGUGACCACAAAGGAAAGUUCUGCCCAGAAGCAGGAUCAGGAAAAACCACACGAGAAACAUCAUUCUGUUCACAAGAAAGAUCUUGGACAAGAUCCUAAACAGAAACAAGAUCUCACCACGAAAGAAGAUCCCCUCCAGAAGACCGACCCCGCAUCUAAACAAGACCAAACUCAAAAGCUAGACCUAACAAAGGAAAAAGAGCCAGUAUCCAAAAAAGAGCCAGUCCAGAAACAAGAUCCAGCACAAAAAGAUCUGACAAUAAAACACGAUCCAGGACAAAAACAAGAUUCUUCCCCGAUAAAAGAUUCCAAGGAGAAAUCUGAUGUUACAAAGAAACAAGAAUCAACCAAGGAGAAAGACUCCACUCAGAAAAGUGACCAAGAAUUUAAACUAGAGUCAACCCCGAAACAAUAUCAAAGCCAACCAACAAGUCCAAGACCAGGAAAAGACCAAACACAGAAAUCAGAGUCAACACCGAAACAAGAUCAAAGCCAACCAACAAGUCCAAGACCAGUAAAAGACCAAACUCAGAAAUCAGAGUCAACACCGAAACAAGAUCAAAGCCAACCAACAUGUCCAAGACCAGUAAAAGACCAAACUCAGAAAUCAGAGUCAACCCCGAAACAAGAUCAAAGCCAACCAACAAGUCCAAGACCAGUAAAAGACCAAACACAGAAAUCAGAGUCAACACCGAAACAAGAUCAAAGCCAACCAACAAGUCCAAGACCAGUAAAAGACCAAACUCAGAAAUCAGAGUCAACACCGAAACAAGAUCAAAGCCAACCAACAAGUCCAAGACCAGGAAAAGACCAAACGCAGAAAUCAGACUCAACCCAGAAAGACAAAACUACCCCGAAGCAAGACCAACCUCAGCCAACCUUAUCAACUGAGAAACAAGAGAUAAAAUUGGCAAAAGACUCAGAAAACAAACAAUACCCCAUCCUGAAAGAAGACCCAACUAAGAAAGUAGAACCUACACUGAAACUGGGUGAAACUGCAAAGCAAUAUCCAGCUGAGAAGAAAAAUCCCAGUUGUCCACGUGACCCAGAAGAGAAACAAUGCCCUGCAUUUAUAAAGUAUUUCCAGAAGCAAGAUCCCAAACAGACACCAAGUCACAUAGUCCAGAAAGAUGAACCAAAAGAGAAACAUGAGUCAACCCAAAAAGAAGAUAAGACCAGAAAACAAGAUGCUAAAGAAACUCAAAGUUCUACAGGGAAGCAAGAUUCAAAAGCGAAACAAGACCCACCCUUAGAAGAAGACCCAAAAAAGAAAUAUGGGCAAACUCAAGACAAGGACAAUAAAGACUCAACCCAAAAACAAGAUCAGAAUAGCAAAAAAGAUGUUACAGAAAGUCAAUGUUCUUUGAUAAAGAAAGAUUCAACAUUGAAACAAGACCAAACUCUCAAAGAAGACCUUAAAGCAAAACAAACCCCAAUCCUCAAACAAGAACCAACCCUCAAACAAGAUCCAUCCGUCAAACAAGAUCCAUCCGUCAAACAAGAUCUAUCCCACAAAAAAGACCCAACCCUUACGGUAGAAUCAACAAAAAAAGAUGGACAAAAACAAGAUCCAAAAGACAACCAAGAUUCAAAACCUAAACAAGAUCCAAAGGACAAAGAAGACCCAGGACAGACCCAGAAACAAGGAUCCACUCAGAAACAAGACCAAACCCAGAAACAAGACCCGAUUCAGAAACAAGACCCAACCCAGAAACAAGACCCAACCCAGAAACAAGACCCGACUCAGAAACAAGACCAGACCCAGAAACUAGACCCGACUCAGAAACAAGACCAGACCCAGAAACAAGACCAAACUCAGAAACAAGAUCAGUCCCAGAAGCAAGACCAGACCCAGAAACAAGACCCCACCCAGAAACAAUAUCAGUCCCAGAAGCAAGACCAGACCCAGAAACAAGACCCAACCCAGAAACAAGACCCAACCCAGAAACAAAACCCAACCCAGAAACAAGACCCAACCCAGAAACAAGACCCAACCCAGAAACAAGACCAGACCCAGAAACUAGACCCUACCCAGAAACAAGACCCCACCCAGAAACAAGAUCAGUCCCAGAAGCAGGACCAGACCCAGAAACAAGACACAAGCCAGAAACAAGACCCCACCCAGAAACAAUAUCAGUCCCAGAAGCAAGACCAGACCCAGAACCAAGUCACAAGCCAGAAACAAGACCCCACCCAGAAACAAGAUCUGUCCCAGAAGCAAGACACAACCCAGAAACAAGACCAGACCCAGAAACAAGACCCAACCCAGAAACAAGACCCCACCCAGAAACAAGAUCAGUCCCAGAAGCAAGACACAACCCAGAAACAAGAUCAGACCCAGAAACAAGACCCCACCCAGAAACAAGAUCAGUCCCAGAAGCAAGACACAACCCAGAAACAAGACCCCAUCCAGAAACAAGACCCCACCCAGAAACAAGACUCCAAUAAGAACACAUUCUCAAUUCUUAAGCUAAACUUAAUCCCAAUACAGUACUCUACAGUGCAACAAGACCCAACCAAGAAACUAGACCUAAACAAAAAAGAAGACUCCACCCAGAACCAAGACCAAGUCCAGAAAGCUGGCUCUACUCAGAAACCGGACCCAACCCAGAAAGAAGAUUCACAACAUAAGCAAAGCCUAAGCCAGAUUCCAGGCUUUACACAGAAACUAGACCAAGGACAGACCCAGAAACAAGAGUCCACCCAAAAGCUGGACACCACCCAGAAACAAGACCAGACCCAGAAACAAGACCAGGUUCAAAAACAAGACCAGGUCCAGAAACAAGACUCCAAUCAGAAACAAGACCAGGCCCAUAAAGACUCAACUCAUAAACAAGACACCGCUCAGAAGCAAGACCAGACCACUCAUAAACAAGACCAGACCCAUAAACAAGACCAGACCCAGAAACAAGAUGCCACCCAAAAACAAGAAACCACCCAAAAACAAGACCAGGCCCAGAAAGACUCCAUUCUUAAACAGGAUCAGACCAAGAAACAAGACACCACCCAGAAACAAGACUCCACCCAGAAACAAGACCAGACCCAGAAAAAGGACUCAAUUCAGAAACAAGAGCCAACCCCAAAGCAGACCUCUACACUGAAACAAGACCAGACCCAGAAACAAGACCAGACCCAGAAAGACUCCACUCAUAAACAGGACACCAUUCAGAAGCAAGACCAGACCACCCAUAAACAAGACCAGACCCAGAAACAAGACCAGACCCAGAAACAAGACCAGGCCCAGAAACAAGACACCACCCAAAAACAAGACCAGGCCCAGAAAGACUCCAUUCUUAAACAGGGUCAGACCCAGAAACAAGACACCACCCAGAAACAGGACACCACCCAGAAACAAGACCAAACCCCAAAAAAAGACUCAAUUCAGAAACAAGAGCCAACCCCAAUGCAGUCCUCUAUACUGAAACAAGACCAGACCCAGAAACAAGACAAGACCCAGAAACAAGACUCCACCCAGAAACAGGAAACCAUACAGAAACAAGACCAAACCCAGAAAAAAGACGCAAUUCAGAAACAGGACACCACCCAGAAACAAGACCAGACCCAGAAACAGGACACCACCCAGAAACAAGACCAGACCCAGAAACAAGACUCAACCCAGAAACAAGACCAGACCCAGAAACAAGACCAGACCCAGAAACAAGACCAGACCCAGAAACAAGACCAGACCCAGAAACAAGACCAGACCCAGAAAGACUCCACUCAUAAACAGGACACCACCCAGAAACAAGACCAGACCCAGAAACAAGACUCAACCCAGAAACAAGACCAGACCCAGAAAGACUCCACUUAUAAACAGGACACCACCCAGAAACAAGACCAGACCCAGAAAGACCCCACUCAUAAACAGGACACCACUCAGAAGCAAGACCAGACCACCCAUAAACAAGACCAGACCCAGAAACAAGACCAGACCCAGAAACAAGACCAGGCCCAGAAACAAGACACCACCCAAAAACAAGACCAGGCCCAGAAAGACUCCAUUCUUAAACAGGGUCAGACCCAGAAACAAGACACCACCCAGAAACAGGACACCACCCAGAAACAAGACCAAACCCCAAAAAAAGACUCAAUUCAGAAACAAGAGCCAACCCCAAUGCAGUCCUCUAUACUGAAACAAGACCAGACCCAGAAACAAGACUCCACUCAUAAACAGGACACCACCCAGAAACAAGACCAGACCACCCAGAAACAAGACACCACCCAAAAACAAGACCAGACCCAGAAACAAGACACCACCCAAAAACAAGACCAGACCCAGAAAGACUCCACUCUUAAACAGGAUCAGACCCAGAAACAAGACCAGGCCCAGAAACAAGACUCCACCCAGAAACAGGAAACCACACAGAAACAAGACCAAACCCAGAAAAAAGACGCAAUUCAGAAACAAGACCAGACCCAGAAAAAAGACUCCACUCAGAAACAGGACACCACCCAGAAACAAGACCAGACCCAGAAACAGGACACCACCCAGAAACAAGACCAGACCCAGAAACAAGACUCAACCCAGAAACAAGACCAGACCCAGAAACAAGACUCAACCCAGAAACAAGACCAGACCCAGAAACAAGACCAAACCCAGAAAAAAGACGCAAUUCAGAAACAAGACCAGACCACCCAUAAACAAGACCAGACCCAGAAAAAAGACUCCACUCAGAAACAGGACACCACCCAGAAACAAGACCAGACCCAGAAACAGGACACCACCCAGAAACAAGACCAGACCCAGAAACAAGACUCAACCCAGAAACAAGACCAGACCCAGAAACAAGACCAGACCCAGAAACAAGACCAGACCCAGAAAGACUCCACUCAUAAACAGGACACCACCCAGAAACAAGACCAGACCCAGAAACAAGACUCAACCCAGAAACAAGACCAGACCCAGAAAGACUCCACUUAUAAACAGGACACCACCCAGAAACAAGACCAGACCCAGAAAGACUCCACUCAUAAACAGGACACCACUCAGAAGCAAGACCAGACCACCCAUAAACAAGACCAGACCCAGAAACCAGACCAGACCCAGAAACAAGACCAGGCCCAGAAAGACUCCAUUCUUAAACAGGGUCAGACCCAGAAACAAGACACCACCCAGAAACAAGACCAAACCCCAAAAAAAGACUCAAUUCAGAAACAAGAGCCAACCCCAAUGCAGUCCUCUAUACUGAAACAAGACCAGACCAAGAAACAAGACUCCACUCAUAAACAGGACACCACCCAGAAACAAGACCAGACCCAGAAACAAGACUCAACCCAGAAACAAGACCAGACCCAGAAAAAAGAUGCAAUUCAGAAACAAGACCAGACCCAGAAAAAAGACGCAAUUCAGAAACAAGACCAGACCCAGAAAAAAGACUCCACUCAGAAACAGGACACCACCCAGAAACAAGACCAGGCCCAGAAACAAGACUCCACCCAGAAACAGGAAACCACACAGAAACAAGACCAAACCCAGAAAAAAGACGCAAUUCAGAAACAAGACCAGACCCAGAAAAAAGACUCCACUCAGAAACAGGACACCACCCAGAAACAAGACCAGACCCAGAAACAGGACACCACCCAGAAACAAGACCAGACCCAGAAACAAGACUCAACCCAGAAACAAGACCAGACCCAGAAACAAGACCAGACCCAGAAACAAGACCAGACCCAGAAAGACUCCACUCAUAAACAGGACACCACCCAGAAACAAGACCAGACCCAGAAACAAGACUCAACCCAGAAACAAGACCAGACCCAGAAAGACUCCACUUAUAAACAGGACACCACCCAGAAACAAGACCAGACCCAGAAAGACUCCACUCAUAAACAGGACACCACUCAGAAGCAAGACCAGACCACCCAUAAACAAGACCAGACCCAGAAACAAGACCAGGCCCAGAAACAAGACACCACCCAAAAACAAGACCAGGCCCAGAAAGACUCCAUUCUUAAACAGGGUCAGACCCAGAAACAAGACACCACCCAGAAACAGGACACCACCCAGAAACAAGACCAAACCCCAAAAAAAGACUCAAUUCAGAAACAAGAGCCAACCCCAAUGCAGUCCUCUAUACUGAAACAAGACCAGACCAAGAAACAAGACUCCACUCAUAAACAGGACACCACCCAGAAACAAGACCAGACCCAGAAACAAGACUCAACCCAGAAACAAGACCAGACCCAGAAAAAAGAUGCAAUUCAGAAACAAGACCAGACCCAGAAAAAAGACGCAAUUCAGAAACAAGACCAGACCCAGAAAAAAGACUCCACUCAGAAACAGGACACCACCCAGAAACAAGACCAGACCCAGAAACAAGACUCAACCCAGAAACAAGACCAGACCCAGAAACAAGACCAGACCCAGAAAGACUCCACUCAUAAACAGGACACCACCCAGAAACAAGACCAGACCCAGAAAGACUCCACUCAUAAACAGGACACCACCCAGAAACAAGACCAGACCCAGAAACAAGACUCAACCCAGAAACAAGACCAGACCCAGAAAGACUCCACUUAUAAACAGGACACCACCCAGAAACAAGACCAGACCCAGAAACAAGACAAGACCCAGAAACAGGACUCCACCCAAAAACAUGAAACCACACAGAAACAAGACCAACCCCAGAAAAAAGACACAAUUCAUAAACAAGACCAGACCCAGAAAAAAGACUCCACUUAUAAACAGGACACCACCCAGAAACAAGACCAGACCCAGAAACAAGACUCAACCCAGAAACAAGACCAGACCCAGAAAGACUCCACUUAUAAACAGGACACCACCCAGAAACAAGACCAGACCCAGAAACAAGACAAGACCCAGAAACAGGACUCCACCCAAAAACAUGAAACCACACAGAAACAAGACCAACCCCAGAAAAAAGACACAAUUCAUAAACAAGACCAGACCCAGAAAAAAGACUCCACUUAUAAACAGGACACCACUCAGAAGCAAGACCAGACCCAGAAACAAGACUCAACCCAAAAACAAGACCAGGCCCAGAAAGACUCCACUCUUAAACAGGAUCAGACCCAGAAACAAGACCAGACCCAGAAACAAGACCAGACCCAGAAAGACUCCACUCAUAAACAGGACACCACUCAGAAGCAAGAGCAGACCACCCAGAAACAAGACUCAAUCCAAAAAAAAGACCAGACCCAGAAACAAGACUUAACCCAGAAACAAGACCAGACCCAGAAAGACUCCACUUAUAAACAAGACACCACUCAAAAGCAAGACCAGACCACCCAUAAACAAGACCAGACCCAGAAACAAGACUCCACUCAUAAACAGGACACCACCCAGAAACAAGACUCAUCCCAGAAACAAGACCAGACCAUCCAUAAACAAGACCAGACCCAGAAAAAAGACUCCACUCAGAAACAGGACACCACUCAGAAACAAGACCAGACCCAGAAACAAGACUCAACCCAAAAACAAGACCAGGCCCAGAAAGACUCCACUCUUAAACAGGAUCAGACCCAGAAACAAGACCAGACCCAGAAACAAGACCAGACCCAGAAACAAGACCAGACCCAGAAACAAGACCAGACCCAGAAAGACUCCACUCAUAAACAGGACACCACUCAGAAGCAAGAGCAGACCACCCAGAAACAAGACCAGACCCAGAAACAAGACUCCACUCAGAAACAUGACACCACUCAGAAGCAAGACCAGACCACCCAGAAACAAGACCAGACCCAGAAACAAGACUCCACUCAGAAACAGGACUCAACCCAGAAACAAGACCAGGCCCAGAAAGACUCCACUCUUAAACAGGAUCAGACCCAAAAACAAGACCAGGCCCAGAAAGACUCCACUCUUAAACAGGAUCAGACCCAGAAACAAGACCAGACCCAGAAACAAGACCAGACCCAGAAAGACUCCACUCAUAAACAAGACACCACUCAGAAGCAAAACCAGAUCACCCAUAAACAAGACCAGACCCAGAAACAAGACUCAACCCAGAAACAAGACAUCACCCAAAAACAAGACCAGGCCCAGAAACAAGACACCACCCAAAAACAAGACCAGGCGCAGAAAGACUCCACUCAUAAACAGGACACCACUCAGAAGCAAGAGCAGACCACCCAGAAACAAGACCAGACCCAGAAACAAGACUCCACUCAGAAACAGGACUCAACCCAGAAACAAGACCAGGCCCAGAAAGACUCCACUCUUAAACAGGAUCAGACACAGAAACAAGACUCCACUCAGAAACAGGAUACCACCCAGAAACAAGACCAGACCCAGAAACAAGACUCCACUCAGAAACAGGACACCACUCAGAAGCAAGACCAGACCACCCAGAAACAAGACCAGACCCAGAAACAAGACCAGACUCAGAAAGACUCUAUUCAUAAACAAGACACCACUCAGAAGCAAGAGCAGACCACCCAUAAACAAGACUCAACCCAAAAACAGGACCAGACCCAGAAACAAGACUCAACCCAGAAACAAGACCAGACCCAGAAAGACUCCACUCAUAAACAAGACACCACUCAAAAGCAAGACCAGACCACCCAGAAACAAGACUCCACCCAGAAACAGGACAUCACCCAGAAACAAGACCAAACCCAGAAAAAAGACUCAAUUCAGAAACAAGAGCCAACCCCAAAGCAGGGCUCGACACUGAAACAAGACCAGACCCAGAAACAAGACUCCACUCAUAAACAGGACACCACCCAGAAACAAGACCAGACCCAGAAACAAGACCAGACCCAGAAACAAGACUCAACCCAGAAACAAGACCAGACCACCCAGAAACAAGACCAGACCCAGAAAAAAGACUCCACUCAGAAACAGGACUCAACCCAGAAACAAGAGCAGACCCAGAAACAAGACUCCACUCAUAAACAGGACACCACUCAGAAGCAAGACCAGACCACCCAUAAACAAGACCAGACCCAGAAACAAGACUCAACCCAAAAACAAGACCAGGCCCAGAAAGACUCCACUCUUAAACAGGAUCAGACCCAGAAACAAGACCAGGCCCAGAAAGACUCCACUCUUAAACAGGAUCAGACCAAGAAACAAGACCAAACCCAGAAAAAAGACUCAAUUCAAAAACAAGAGCCAACUCCAAAGCAGUCCUCUACACUGAAACAAGACCAGACCCAGAAACAAGACUCCACUCAGAAACAGGACACCACCCAGAAACAAGACCAGACCCAGAAAGACUCCACUCAUAAACAAGACACCACGCAGAAGCAUGACCAGACCACCCAAAAACAAGACCAGACACAUAAAGACUCCACUCUUAAACAGGAUCAGACCCAGAAACAAGACCAGACCCAGAAAUACUCCACUCAUAAACAGCACACCUCUCAGAAGCAAGACCAGACACAGAAACAAGACACCACCCAAAAACAAGAGCAGGCCCAGAAAGACUCCACCCCUAAACAGGAUCAGACCCAGAAAGACUCCACUUAUAAACAAGACACCACUCAGAAGCAAGACCAGACAACCCAGAAACAAGACUCCACCCAAAAACAAGACCAGGCCCAGAAAGACUCCACUCAUAAACAGGACACCACUCAGAAAAAAGACCAGACCACCCAUAAACAAGACCAGACCCAAAAACAAGACACCGCCCAAAAACAAGACCAGGCCCAGAAAGACUUCACUGUUAAACAGGAUCAGACUCAGAAACAAGACCAGACCCAGAAACAAGACUCAACCCAGAAACACGACCAGGCCCAGAAAGACUCCACUCAUAAACAGGACACCACUCAGAAGCAAGAUCAGACCACCCAGAAACAAGACCAGACCCAGAAAGACUCCACUCAUAAACAGGACACCACCCAGAAACAAGACCAGACCCAGAAAGACUCCACUCAUAAACAGGACACCACUCAGAAGCAAGACCAGACCACCCAAAAACAAGAUCAGGCCCAGAAAGACUCCACUCUUAAACAGGAUCAGACCCAAAAACAAGACCAGACCCAGAAACAAGUCUCCACUCAGAAACAAGACCAGACCCAGAAACACGAUCAGGCCCAGAAACAAGACCAGACCCAGAAACAAGACCAGGCCCAGAAACAAGACCAGGUCCAGAAACAGGACCAGACCCAGAAACAAGACCAGGCCCAGAAACAAGAUCAGGCCCAGAAACAAGACCAGACCCAGAAACAAGAUCAGGCCCAGAAACAAGAAGAGACCCAGAAACAAGAUCAGGCCCAGAAACACGACCCAACCCCAUUACAGUGCUCUACCAUGAAACAAUAUUUAACACAGAAACUAGACCUGACCAAAAAAGAAGACCCCACUCAGAAACAAGACCCAGCCCAAAAGCCAGAUUUUGAUCAGAAGUCCGACAAAACCCAGAAAGAAGAUCCACCACAGAAGCAAAGCCUAACUCAGCUUCCAGGCUUUGCACAGAAACCAGACCCAGGGCAGACCCAACAAGAGCAGAAGAAAGACUCCACCCAGAAAUCAGACUCCACCCAGAAACCAGACUCAACCCAGAAACUGGAUCCAACCCAAAAACCACACUCAACUCACAAAGUGGAUCCAACCCAGAAACUGGAUCCAACCCAGAAACUGGAUCCAACCCAGAAACCAGACUCAACUCAGAAAGUGGAUCCAACCCAGAAACCAGACUCAACUCAGAAAGUGGAUCCAACCCAGAAACUGGAUCCAACCCAGAAACAAGACUCAACUCAGAAACUGGAUCCAACCCAGAAACUGGAUCCAACCCAGAAACUGGAUCCAACCCAGAAACCAGACUCCACUCAGAAACUGGAUCCAACCCAGAAACCAGACUCAACUCAGAAACUGCAUCCAACCCAGAAACCAGACUCAACCCAGAAACUGGAUCCAACCCAGAAAUGGGGAACCAGUCACUUCCAAAGUCCAGAAAACGUGGUUGAUCCAUAUGCACAUUCAUUCCUAGAGGCCCAGCAACAUAUUGACCAGAGAGAUACAGUACCCUCAAGUUAUGUCCAAUACACCACAGCAGGGCAGACCACCUCACAGCAGAGUCAAGGGGGUGACAAAACCGCCCAACAGACUGGACAUACUGAAACACAUUAUUCCUAUACCUCAGAAGGUGUUACACCAUCUCACCAGAUAUGGGGAACCAGCUUCCACCAGGGAGAUAAAGAUGAUCUAUACUCCCAUUCGUUUCUAAAGGCCCAACACUACAUUGACCAGAGAGAGACAGUACCUUCAAGCUUUGUCCAAAACACCAGUGGAGGUCAGGACACCACACAGCAAACGACCCAAGAAAAGAAGACCACGCCUUGGCCAACCUAUGAACCACACACCAGUGGAGGGCAGGACACCACACAGCAAACGACCCAAGAAAAGAAGACCACGCCUUGGCCAACCUAUGAACCACACACCAGUGGAGGGCAGGACACCACACAGCAAACGACCCAAGAAAAGAAGACAACGCCUUGGUCAACCUAUGAACCACCCACCAGUGGAGGUCAGGACACCACACAGCAAACGACCCAACAAAAUAAGACCACAACUUGGUCAACCUAUGAACCACACACCAGUGGAGGUCAGGACACCACAAAGCAAGGGACCCAAGAAAAGAAGACCACAACUUGGUCAACCUAUGAACAACACACCGGUGGAAAUCUGGGUUCAUCAUCCACACAGAGUCAUCAUGAAGCUCACCCACAAAAGCAAGACCUAAGCCCUUGUCACUAUCCUUUGUAUGAACUUUCCCGACAAUCACCAACACUCGCAAGAAGUAAACAAGCUUCAACAAAACCAGAAGAGUCCGCUGAAGAACCUCAAAAAUCCCCACCCCCAUCCUCUGGAGUGAACACUUCUAGUAAUACCAGUUCUCAGAAGGAGGAGAAGCAAAAGUCCACUGGGAAGCCAUUCAAAUGGCCAUGGAACUAAGCGAAUGACCAAAGUUUGAAGCCUCGGAUUGCGGUUGAUCGCGUGUCCUUGAAGGGUUGUUGAGUUACUUAUUAAUUGCUGCUUUUUUUUCGCGGAUUCUUGUCUUCCAAUGAGUGUAAUCCAACUACGUCAUUAAUUGAAUUCACAAUGAGUGCCAUUUUAAGCCCGACCUUCUUGAAACGUGGCUUAUCCACCAGCAAACCAACAGUGCUAUGACCACGAUGACGGCAGGUCUCUCCGGUCAGUAACCCCGAACUUCCGAAAAGUCGUCUUAAUUCUCCCGGCUCAACUAUAAUUUUUCCAUGACAGUUGCUGAAAAGAAAUUGAACCCGGUGUUGUGGUGGGAUUCAGUAACAAGUGAAGCAUUUUUACUGAACCUCGACUUUUACUGAAGAACUCAAGUUGGAGUGACGGAAAGGGAAGGGGUGGUGAUUCCCAAGCUAUAUUGUAUUGUGGUUUCAAAUUUGGAGAAGGGCAUUGGUCGGGCACCCAACAUCUAUCCAAUGAGAGCUUGUGGAAGGUGAGCUGGUUUGGACAUUUAUUGACUUUCUUCAAAACUGUGACCUUUAUGUGAACGAAUGUACUGAUGUCAAUGGCUUCAUUUCACGUGCAAUAUUAAAACAAUUUAUAUGUGAUAUAUAACGUAUGUAAUACUUGGUGUUGGUGUUCUAUUUUAUUAAAAGGUUUAUCAGCUUU